UAUUACACUCUAUUCAUUAAUAACUGUUUGUAUAUUAGUCUGAGCGCACUUUGAUGCUAGCUUAGCUUGCUAGUUAGCUUAGCUUGUUAGCUGCUAACAAAGAAGUGAUGAAAACACAUCGCUAAGCAGAGAUCAAGUGUGAGUGUAAAGUGUUGUGAUUGUGUGAAAAUGUGCGAAAGAACCAUAGCAGAGUACGAGGAGGAACUUUGUCCAACAAAAGAGGAGAAGGAGCGACAACAUCAAAAACAUCAAGUUGUGUUACACAGAACAGAUGUCCAGCAGCCCCCUCACAUUAAGGAGGAAGAGGAGGAUCCACAGCCCACCCACAUGAAAGAGGAAGAUCCACACAUGAAAGAGGAAGAGGAGGAUCCACAGCCACCCCACAUGAAAGAGGAAGAGGAGGAUCCACAGCCACCCCACAUGAAAGAGGAAGAGGAGGACCCACACAUGAAAGAGGAAGAGGAGGAUCCCCACAUGAAAGAGGAAGAGGAGAAUCCACACAUGAAAGAGGAAGAGGAGGGAGAGUGUGUUGUAGGGCAGGAGGAGGAUGAUGUCAGCAAGUUUCCACUGACUGUUGUCUCUGUGAAGACUGAAGAGCAUGAAGACAAAGCACGUGAGUCCUCACAGCUUCAUCACAGUCCAAACGUCUGUGAAGAACAUCUUCACCCUGGGCAACAGAAGUGGAGCUUCAGGAUGCGGACGGAGGAGCCACAGUCCUCCCACAUUAAGAAGGAAGAGGAAUACCCACUGAUCCCCCAUUUUAAAAAAGAAGCGGAGGACCCACCUACACCCCAUUUUAAAGAGGAAGAGGAGGACCCACUGACACCCCAUUUUAAAGAGGAAGCGGUGGAUCCACUGAGCCCUUACAUUAAGGAUGAAGAGGAGGAUCCACUGAGCCCUCACAUUAUGGGGGAAGAGGUGGACCCACUGACCCCUCACGUUAAGCACGAAGAGGAGGACCCACUGAGCCCUCACAUUAAAGAGGAAGAGGAGGAACACAGCAUCAGUCAGCAUGUUGAAGGAGUGGAGGAGGUUGAUGGCACCAAGAUGCCAGUGACUGGUGUCCCUGUGAAGAGUGAAGAUGAUGAGGUCAAAGACAUCCAUCAGCUGAUUGGACACCAAGAAGAAUGUCUCCCUCAUCUGCAGGGGGACAGUUUCACUUUAGAGGAUCCACAGCCCUCACAUUUUAAAGGGGACGAGGAGGAUCCACACAUGAAAGAGGAAGAGGAGGGAGAGUGUGUUGUAGGGCAGGAGGAGGAUGAUGUCAGCAAGUUUCCACUGACUGUUGUCUCUGUGAAGACUGAAGAGCAUGAAGACAAAGCACGUGAGUCCUCACAGCUUCAUCACAGUCCAAACGUCCAGCAGCCCCUUCACAUUAAAGAGGAAGAGGAGGAUCCACAGCCCAACCACAUUAAAAAUGAAGAGGAGGAUCCACAGCCCACCCACAUUAAAGAGGAAGAGGAUGAUCCACAGCCCACCAACAUUAAAGAGGAAGACGAGGAUCCACAGCCCACCCACAUUAAAGAGGAGGAGGAGGAUCCACAGCCCCCCCACAUGAAAGAGGAGGGAGAGUGUCCUGUAGGGCAGGAGGAGGAUGAUGUCAGCAAGUUUCCACUGACUGUUGUCUCUGUGAAGACUGAAGAGCAUGAAGACAAAGCACCUGAGUCCUCACAGCUUCAUCACAGUCCAAACGUCCAGCGGGUGUCAGCGGGGAGUCACGAAGAGGAGUGGCACACCAGUGUGGGACAGAAGGAGCUACAGGCCCCCUCCCACAUUAAAGAGGAGCAGCUUCAUGAUGAAGAUGAAGCUCAGUCCUUACAGCUUCAUCACAGUCAAAGUGAGGAGAACAGAGGGGCGGAGCUUGUAAGUCAACACAUCACAGAAGCUGAUGGAGAGCAUUGUGAAGAUAUGACGUCAGAACCAGACAGCAUCUUUGCUCCACUGUCAGACAUGGACCACAUGAUGUCACACUCUUCUGAUCACAGUGACCACAUCCAAAAACCUUUGGAGAGUCAAAAUGACUCGAAAGGUGAUACGAGACAUCACACUAACAACAAACACUUUGACUGCUCUCAAUGUGGGAAAUCAUUUAGACAGAAGGGUAAUUUUACAAGACACAUGAGAAUACAUACUGGAGAGAAACCUUUUAAUUGCUCUGUUUGUAAGAAGAGUUUCUCCACAAAGCAACACAUGACCGCACACAUGAGAACACACACUGUAGAGAAACCUUUUACUUGCUCUGUUUGUAAGAAGAGUUUCUCCACAAAGCUUAACAUGACCAUACACAUGAGAACACACACUGGAGAGACACCUUUUUCUUGCUCUGUUUGUAAGAAGGGUUUCUCCAGAAAGCAAGUCAUGACCACACACAUGAGAACACACACUGGUGAGAAACCUUUUACUUGCUCUGUUUGUGGUAAAAGAUUCCACACUAAGACAGACAUGACCACACACAUGAGAAUACACACUGGAGAGAAACCUUUUAUUUGCUCUGUAUGUAAGAAGCGUUUCUCCAGAAAGCAAGUCAUGACCACACACAUGAGAACACACACUGGUGAGAAACCUUUUAUUUGCUCUGUUUGUGCUAAAAGAUUCUACACUAAGAAAGACAUGACCACACACAUGAGAAUACACACUGGUGAGAAACCUUUUAUUUGCUCUGUUUGUGCUAAAAGAUUCAGCACUAAGAAAGACAUGACCACACACAUGAGAAUUUACACUGUUGAGAAACCUUUUACUUGCUCUGUUUGUAAGAAGGGUUUCUUCAUAAAGCAAAGCAUGACCAGACACAUGAGAACACACACUGGAGAGAAACCUUUUCAUUGCUCUGUUUGUAAGAAGAGUUUCUCCAGAAAGCAAAGCAUGACCAGACACAUGAGAACACACACCGGAGAGAAACCUUUUGUUGCUCCGCGUGUGAUAAAAUGUUCAGGUUUAGUUAUCAGGUCAGUAGACACAAGUGUGUAACAGUCAUGGAAGCUGCAGGGAUUUAAAAACACUUAAAGGCCUACUGAAAUGAUAUUUUCUUAUUUAAACGGGGAUAGCAGAUCCAUUCUAUGUGUCAUACUUGAUCAUUUCGCGAUAUUGCCAUAUUUUUGCUGAAAGGAUUUAGUAGAGAACAUCGACGAUAAAGUUCGCAACUUUUGGUCGCUGAUAAAAAAAGCCUUGCCUGUACCGGAAGUAGCGUGACGUCGCAGGUUGAAGGGCUCCUCACAAUUCCCCAUUGUUUACACCAGCAGCGAGAGCGAUUCGGACCGAGAAAGCGAUGAUUACUCCAUUAAUUUGAGCGAGGAUGAAAGAUUUGUGGAUGAGGUACGUGAGAGUGAAGGACUAGAAUGCAGUGCAGGAUGUAUCUCUUUUCGCUCUGACCGUAACUUAGGUACAAGCUGGCUCAUUGGAUUCCACACUUUCUCCUUUUUCUAUUGUGGAUCACGGAUUUGUAUUUUAAACCACCUGGGAUACUAUAUCCUCUUGAAAAUGAGAGUCGAGCACGCGAAAUGGACAUUCACAGUGACUUUUAUCUCCACGACAAUACGUGGGCAAAGCACUUUAGCUACGGAGCUAACGUGAUAGCAUCGUGCUUAAAUGCAGAUAGAAACAAAAUAAAUAAGCCCACGCGCAUACGUCAUCAUACAUAGACGUUUUCAACCGGAAGUGUGGUGGGAAAUUUAAAAUGUCACUUUAUAAGUUAACCCGGCCGUAUUGGCAUGUGUUGCAAUGUUAAGAUUUCAUCAUUGAUAUAUAAACUAUCAGACUGCGUGGUCGCUAGUAGUGGCUUUCAGUAGGCCUUUAAACUGUGAUUGUGCUAAAUGUAGUUUAAAAACACAGCAUGUUUAAUAUGAAUGUAUAUUUGAUGUUGUAUGUAGUGCUUCUCAUCUUAUAUGUUGUCCUGUACUUACUUUUUAAGUUGUGUGCAUGUAUUGAAUAUUAUAUACACUACCGUUCAAAAGUUUGGGGUCACAUGUAAAUGUGGUUAUUUUUGAAGGAAAAGCACUGUACUUUUCAAAGAAGAUAACUUUAAACUAGUCUUAACUUUAAAGAAAUACACUCUAUACAUUGCUAAUGUGGUAAAUGACUAUUCUAGCUGCAAAUGUCUGCUUUUUGGUGCAAUAUCUACAUAGGUGUAUAGAGGCCCAUUUCCAGCAACUAUCACUCCAGUGUUCUAAUGGUACAAUGUGUUUGCUCGUUGGCUCAGAAGGCUAAUUGAUGAUUAGAAAACCCUUGUGCAAUCAUGUUCACACAUCUGAAAACACUUUAGCUCGUUACAGAAGCUACAAAACUGACCUUCCUUUGAGCAGAUUGACUUUCUGGAGCAUCACAUUUGUGGGGUCAAUUAAACGCUCAAAAUGGCCAGAAAAAGAGAACAUUCAUCUGAAACUCGACAGUCUAUUCUUGUUCUUAGAAAUGAAGGCUAUUACACAAAAUUGUUUGGGUGACCCCAAACUUUUGAACGGUAGUGUAUGUAGCUACUGUUAAGUUCCACUCUUCUACUCCAAAAAGGACCCAGGGACAACUCCCGAUUUCCAAUUGAUCAACUUUUUAUUUUCCAACUUGAAGCAUUGUUGGUUUAAUUUCAGUUGAUCUUCCAAAUCAUCAGUAGGUUGUAAAGCACAAAAACAGAGAUGUUAACAAUGUGAUUACACAGCUAUUUUCAAACAAUGUUUUCGGAUGUAAUGCAGUAAUUUAACUUGAAGCCAGCAGUUUAAACAAACAAAUGAGGAUAGUUCAGUAAGCUAAUUAACAAGCUUGCAGGUUCAAGUUAAGCAUAUCACACAAACAUUUCGAUGGUCAUCAAAUGAAGCUUUUUCACCGACCAUUGGUGUGUUUGGAGAAACUUGUUGAGUGGAACUUGCGGUUGUGGCUGCUUGCUGUUCUUCCUUCCAUGUAGUUUGUUUGGUGAAUGAGUCUGACUGACCUCCUUCCUUUUCACCUGCCUUCUAUUAGUCAUUUGGCGGCCAUUUUACCUCGGCAUUCUGGGAAUUGUAGUUUUCACUGAUUUUGACCAUGUAGGGCAUGGAUUACUGCCACUUCUGAGUUUUUAACUCCACAGCUACUAUUUUAUUGUAUUUUGUCAUUGUUGAAGAGAGGACAUCUUAUUAUUUUCAUUUGGGUUUUUUCACACAUUUUUUCCAUUGCAUUUUAUUGACGUUAUUUACAUAUGAAUGAAUAAAAUGGUUAACAAAAUGUGGACUCUGGUAGAUUAGCAGCAUUGUUACAUCAUGGAUGUUAACUACUGCAAAACAUCAACAAAGAAGAAAAAUGCUGAAGUUAGCAACACAUCACUGAACUUUAGAGCCAUCGUGAGUGGAGUUGCUUGUUUUUAUUGCUGCAUUUCUACUUAUUUCACCUCACAUCUUCACUUUUAAUACUAAAGUCUUCUUCACAUAUAUUGUUGUAGGCUUCUAACAUUUAUGUUUCUGAUGUGUGUGUAGUCUGUGGAAAGGGUUGUUGUCCCUUGUGGAUCCAAUUGUUCACUUGCACAGGUACAUCUUCAUCAUCAUCAUCAUCAUCAUCAUCAUCAGGCAUUAAUGGUCCACUACUGGACGAAAUGUUAGCAUUAAUGUUUUAAUAUAAGUGUGACCUCAUUAUUCCUUGAUAAUAAGACUAAAAAUACAGAUUUAAGUUCUGUAUUAGAGUGCCUCUUGUAGUACUCCAACUCGCCACACUGAGAAGUGGGGGCGAUCAUGAGCUAGCAGAUGCAUGUUGCUAUCAUGUUUUAUCAGCGAGGAAGACAGCAUUUGUGUUUACUUUUUGUCAGAUCCAAGUUUGAAUGCUCUGCUGAAUAAAUGAAUCACUAUGGCUGCCAAUAUGGAGGAUUAUAUAUAUAUUUAACAUCAAAUACUUCUCUUAGCAGGUAGAAAAAUGACACCACACGCUCAAAAAAAAUGACUCAUUGGAUGAACUCAAUUAAAAUGAGGACAGGACUUCCAUCCAACAAAUAUAUGUUGCCCCAACUCAAAAUUAGUACAUUCUCACAAUACAACAAAAAUGUGUUAAUCCAACUAAUUUUUAGCAAAUAAAGCCAAACUGAAAUUAUUGUAAUAACUAAACAAAAUUGAUUUUCAGACUCAUUUUUAACAAAUACAGCUAAAAUGAAAUUAUUUUGGUUACUAAGUGAAAUGUAUUUAUAUGUGCCCAACUCAAAAUUGAUUGUAAAUUAAGCAAGCUAAAAAUCACCCUAGAUCCCAUAAAAACACAUCAGACAAAACCUGGUUGGUAUUUUUAAUGUAGAAUAAUCCUUAAUUCAACAAUCUUGAAUAUAACACCACAAGAAGUCAAAGUUACUUGUAAACACAAACCAAAAUGUUGCAUUUGAGUGAAAACAAAACAUCAAGAAGUCAAUUUUACAUAAAGAUGUCAGAUUUGUGUACCAACACAGAUCAAGAACGUAGUUUUAUAUUAACAAAGAUGUCAAAUGUACUUGAUACAAAGCAUAGAGAACUCAGUCUUAGUUAUAAAACACCAAGAAACAGUUUUACCUUUUCUUAAAUAACUCGAGGCAAACUUUACGAGAAAUGGUUCACCAAAAUAGUUUAAAGUGGUGUACAAUGAACACUCAGGAAACUGCAAAAACACAUUUGAGUCCUGCGCAAGUGUGCUAAUGUAGCCAUUAGCCUUAAUGUACUAGAGUUCCAUCCAUCCAUUUUCUACCGCUUGUCCCUUUUGGGGUUGCUGGAGCCUAUCUCAGCUGCAUUCAGUAAAGAAAAGAAAAGAAGGCAAAUACAAAAUUCCCAUGCAUCAAAUUGGCAAGAAACAAAAAUAAAUAAGAAAAAGUUAACAUUCACAGACCAGGAAUGUGAUAUUAAUGGGAUGUUAGGAGCAAAUAGCCUUUGAAUGUAAGCAAGUAAAAACAAAACAUGAGACAGUACUAGCUAUUCCAAAAAUAUAUAUACAAAUCCAAAAUCAAUCCAUUUCUCCUGAGUUGAGUGCUGAAACGGAGGAGAGAAGUGUGGAGGGUAGUCACACUCAGAGAUCAAAUGGGGAGGUAAAGUUCAUCCAGUCUAAACCCUAAAGUCAUCUCUGUCCACUCCCCAGGACUGCAUUUCAUAUGUUGAUUGUGUACUUCAGCAGUUCAGUAAACAGCCUCUUCUUCCCUGGAACUUAGUCCAUUCUGAGUCCAAUUCUCAAGUUGAAAAUGUUGUAGGUCAUAUUGUCUUAAAUGGGUGAAAAUGAAGGCAAAAACAAUACAAGCCAAAAUAAAGAUCCCAUGAUGAACUUUGUCAACAAGUGUUCACCUCUCAUGCAAGCAACUUGAUUUCCAGCUGCUGUAUCUUUGUGUUCAGCUUGUGCCCAUCCAGGUUCAUUAGGAUCUUCUGGAACAACUCAAAUGUUGUCUGCAAAGUUUAGAUCAAGGGCAUAAAUGAGGCCAAACAUCAUUAUGACCCCCAUGAUGACGGUGUCCACGUUGCUCAGGACUUUAAAGCCUACGAUAACAACUCCCACAUCCUCUGGCUGCCUAUCGCCAUCUCCACGGAUGAUGUACUGUAUAUCCCAUGACUGUGAGGGCAAUGUCCCUUUCUGCAUCCUCAGUGGCGGAGGCCUGAACAACAACACAAAAACAGAACACUUGUGUUAGGUAUAAUGCUGAACACCACUAGCAGAAAAUUAAUUGUUUUGUGGCAUGCAUAUGUAAUGUGUUAUAUACCAAUUUGCUUUUUUUUUUUAAGUCCCCAUUGCUUGUCACAUCAAUCAUUUCUGUAUCAUGAGUAUGUAAAUGUAUCACGUGAUUGGAAAGUUAACCAUAUAUAUACACUAGCGUUCAAAAGUUUGGGGUCACAUGU